AUGAUGGUGUCGAGAACUAUAAUACUUAUCGCACUAGUACUCAUUUUAAUGGCAACAUGGAGUCAGGCUUUUAGAUUACUCGUAUUUUUCCCUAUAUAUUCCAAGAGUCACAGCAUCUUAGGUCAAGGUGUGGUCAGUAGACUUUUGGAAGCUGGACAUGAGGUUGUACAUAUUACUUCGUUUCCACGUGACAAGCCCGUUGCAAAUCUAACAGAAAUAAGUUUAGAGGAAUUGGGAAAACGGAUGAAGGCAGAAUCUGAAAAACAUGAUACCUUUAAACUUAAAAAUCUUGUUGGUACUGGUAACUUCGGGGAUUCCUUUUUAUUUAUAAACGUUGUAUAUGAAAUACAUAAGAAUAUAUUAGCAGAUCCUCUUCUAAUAAAUUUCCUAAAAGAUCCAAAACAGACAUUCGAUGCUGUGAUACUUGAGUGGUUUUUCGCUGAUGAGAUUGCUGGAAUUGCUCCACUGUUUCAAUGUCCGCUAAUUUGGUUCGGUUCAACAGAAGCCCACUGGCAAAUCCUACAGCUAAUGGACGAUGUUCCUAACCCUUCAUACAACGUUGACUUGUUUUCGGCUAGCAGGCCACCACUCAGUUUUUGGGAAAGAUUGAAUGAACUGUAUAUAAUGAUUAAAAAAAUGAUUAUAUAUGGAGUUUACGUAGUACCAUUAGAAAAAAAGAUAUAUGAUGAUUUAUUUCCAAAAAUUGCUGCUGAACGAGGUGUAAGCAUACCGUCGUAUAAUGAAGCUAUAUAUAAUGGGUCAUUCUUGCUAAUUAAUUCUCACCCAUCUAUAGGGAGUCCGUACCGACUGCCGCAAAAUGUUAAAUAUAUUGCUGGGUAUCAUAUUGAUUCUAAAGUAAAACCUUUGCCUAAGGAGUUACAAAAAAUAAUGGAUGAGACAAAAGAUGGAGUAAUAUACUUUAGUAUGGGUAGUAACAUAAGGAGUAUGGAUAUGUCCGACCACAUGAAGGGCACACUACUUCAAAUGUUUGGAAAGUUAAAACAAACUGUAAUUUGGAAAUUUGAAGGAGACUUAGAUAAUGUUCCAAAAAAUGUACAUUUAGUUAAAUGGGCUCCACAACAGAGUUUACUUUCUCACCCCAACUUAAAAAUUUUCAUAACUCACGGUGGCCAGCUUUCAACAACUGAAGCAAUACAUUUUGGAGUUCCUGUCAUAGGUAUACCAGUUUUCGGAGACCAGUAUGUGAAUAUGAGAUCUGUUGCGAAUAAAGGAUUUGGUAUCAUUGUUACUUUGGCUGAAGAUAUGGCGAAUAAACUACGUGCUGCUAUUGAGGAAAUGCUUAUAAAUACAUCCUACAAAACAAAAGCGAAUGAAUUGUCAUACAUUUAUCACAAUCGAAUGCAAACAGCGGGGGAUGAAUUGGUCUUCUGGAUAGAACAUGUGGCACACACCAAAGGUGCCCCUCAUUUAAGAUCGCCGGCAAUGACAAUACCGUUUUACAAAAGAUUCUACCUCGAUCUUCUUUUUAUAUCACUAUUAUUAUUAAUAGUUUUAGUAAAAAUUACAAAAAUAUUUAUUUGUAAAAUCUUUAAAACAAAAAAAUCCAAGAAAGAGAAGAAAAAU